ACCAAGAUAGGCCUGAAAUUAUUGAACUGUUUAAUCGAAUAAAUUACAAUAUACCUAUUGAUGUAACAAUCAACUUUUUUUUCCUUACCAUUGUUAUGUACAUCGCAGUACGUUUGGACUUGGACCUUUAAAAAUUUUAAGUGUAGUUUAGUUUUACAAUUUUAAUAAUGUAGCUUUACCAUUUGUUAAUUGUAUACCAAAAAUAUUAUUGCAUCUUUUUGAAAACAUUUUUAUCUUGUUUUGUAUUUAUAAUAAAGGCUUCUUAAUAAUAGCUUCUUAUUUGAUGUGUUUCUUAUAUGGGCUCUAGUGAAAUGCCACACUACGUUCUCGCUCGAAUGGGUCAUCGGUUUGCGUAAUUUCAUCACCGUACAAUAUGGUGCAUCAUGACAUGAUUCAGCAUGUCGCCAACUUGACAGAUGCACAUAACGUAAGAUCUACAGUUCCGACGGCUAUAAAAUCAUCCGCCAUUCCGCAUCCGCCCAUGCCGUUCAAUCUUCUGACUGUGAUAAUCAUCGUAGUAAUAUUUUUUCUAGUCUUUCUCGUUGUGUUAAUCGCUAUCCAAAGGAAAAGGAGACUCGAUCGGUUGAGACAUUCAUUGAUCCCUUUCUAUUCGUUCGACGCCAACGAAGAAGAAGAUUGGGAUUCAGAUUUAUUAAACAAUGAAAACGGCAGUCCGACAAUUCGACAUGGUCAGACGUUUAGACACCAGGGCAGUUUCCACAGCUGGCAUGAGAGGUUUAGUCCAGUUCAAAGAGCUAUGGAUCGGUCGAACUGAACAUGAUGUACUCAGAUUCGGAGAAGAAUAAAAAAUCCGGUUUCUUAUAAUUAUUAUUGAACACCUCCGUCGUUAAAUAGUCACUUGAGAUAAUGUAUUAUUUUUUACGAGUUUCUAACAAAAAAGCUUAGUACAUGAUGUAUAUGUUUGCGGUCAAUGUUGAUAGUUGGUCAUUUUCAUAUUGACUAACUGAAAUAUAGAUGAUGAAUGUGUUGAGUAGGCAACAAUCGUAUUGCUUAUGAAUUACAUAGAAUAAAUGUUAAUAAAUGUCGGCCGAGUGGAUUAUCAAUGUUGACGAUAAUAAAAUACACAUUAUUAUUACAAAAAUUAAUACCAAAUGAAAUGGCGAUGAAUUGUAAAACACACACACGUCUCAUUUUGCACCUUGACAAUGAUAAUAAUAAUAAUAAUAAUGUUAUAGCGAUGCUUUUUUGUUUUAUUUUAUUUAUAUAUAUAUAUAUAUAUAUAAUGUUACGUCUUGUUAUUAUUAGUUAUACAUUGAAGUAAAAUAUACAAAUAAGUAUAUGUAUACAUAAGUUUAAACAAUUUUUUAAAAAAAAUUUAUACUAAAUCGCAUGCUUGAUUGCUCAAUCAAUUUUUUUUUUUUCAAUUUUGAAAGAUAAUUUAAAUGUUAAACAAUUUUGUUUUGUGUUUGAUAUGAGAGCAAUCAACCAAACAUCCAAUAUUUGCAUCACACAGCACUUGAUAUUUUUUUUUUUGCAACAAUUUUUACUUGUUGAUACAAAUAUGAUCCAUUAUAUUUGUAUUAAAGCUUUUGUGGUCAGUACCAUAAAAAAUUUGUACGUACACAUGCUUUGUGUACAUAAUAAUAAUAAUAAUAACUGUUCCUUGUGUUGAUUAUUAAUUUACUUAUAGUACUUAUACUAGCGUUAAGUCACUAAAAACGUAGGUAUCAGUAACUUAAUUAUAAGUACUUAAUGACAAUUGUGAUGAUAAAGUACUCGUCUACUUAACGUAAUAAUAGUCGUAAAUGUUAAUAGACUGAAUUGUUUGUAUUGUUCACUUGUUUGUUGUAGGAGUUCAAGAAUCUUUUGCUGUAUUUUUAAAUUUUUUUAUUUUAUAUGUUAAUAAAAUAGCUAUUUUAUGAUUUGCUUA